GUAUAUUUCGUCGAUUCAGAAAAGGGAAGUGGCUAGCUGCUUCGGAAAGUUAUCGAAGGAGAAAGUGUUCUUUCUCUGAAGUUGGCUAGCUAAUAACAAACAGAAAAAAAAACAUGGGAACAACAGCAAGUCAAUUAAGGAAGGAUCUGCUCUCAGAAUAUCAGGAGCUGACGUUUCUUACAAAGCAAGAAAUUAUUCUGGCACACAAGAGAUUCAGUGAACUCCUCUCCAAAGAGGACAGAAACAUCCCCACCCCGCGAGUGCCCAUGGAGAAAGUCCUUUCACUGCCAGAACUCAAGUCCAACCCUUUCAGAAAAAGGAUCUGUCACGUAUUCUCAACAUCUGAUAUGAAAGAUGGAAGUCUCACCUUUGAGGACUUCCUUGAUCUCUUGAGUGCCUUCAGUGAUUCAGCUACACUGGAAAUCAAGUCCCACUACGCAUUCCGCAUUUUUGACUUUGAUGAUGAUGGCACUCUGGAUGGUGGGGACCUGGAGAAGCUGGUGAACUGUCUGACUGGUGAGACGGAUGACACAAGGCUUACCACUGAAGAGAUGAGGCAGCUCAUCAGCAAUAUUCUUGAAGAGUCUGAUAUAGACAAAGAUGGAACUGUGAAUCUGUCAGAGUUCCAACACGUCAUCUCAAGGUCACCAGAUUUUGUCAGUUCUUUUAAGAUUGUUCUGUGAAGUCGACAAAUAAGAUGCCAGGAUAUGGAUGCCUUGGAUUCUCUGUCCUAUUAAUACUCAGAAGACCUUUUUUUCUCCUCCAUUCUAAUAAUAUAUAUUUUUUGAUUUUGCCUUAAAUUCUUUGUAGAUUAAUAUUUUCUAUUAUGUUUGAUAAUGUAUUUUUACAUAAUGUAUAUGCGAUAAGAGCCCUCUAACUGUGUUUUUUCAAUCUAAAUAUCUAGAAUAAAAGUAAUCAAGUCUUA